UCUGCAAGGGUAUACAAACUUCGGCGUGCCGAAGUUAGCUUCCUUUCUUGUUUUUUUUUAAUUUUCUUGCACGCUUAAUACCGUUGCCAAUUCGGGGAUUUUUCACGAGUUUCUUGUGUCGUCGCUGGGCCUUAAUUGACGUUGGCUUACCUGGGCCAAAAAAAAAAAAAAAAAAAAAACAUACACACAGCAUUUAAAAAGGUCUUCCAUUUGUUUACCAUUUGGUUUCGACUUGGCCACUUCCAGUGACUCCACACAGCUCUCGCCAAGCUCUGGCUAUUGAGUGUCCUUCUGCUUGUUACCAUUGCCGCCAGCAGUUGGCCCACGGGGACAUCAGCAGCCCCAAGAGUAGCUCGUGGAUUACAUCUGAUCUUGCCACAUCGCCAUAGCUCAACGGAGCCAGCUCCUUCUUCAACUCCUUCUACAUCAGCAUCAACACCAGCACCUGUCCACAUCGCGCAUCGGAGGAGCUUGAGGGCCAGGCAUUUGAAAGCCAGACGCCUUCACCACGUCUCCUUGAGGAAAGCUGAAGAGCCCCAAUUCCUGCUUAUGAAACAAAUCAAAGACCUUACCAGCUGCAAAAGCAUGGAGGUCAAUACCUUAAAAGUGGCUAAGCUCAAGGAUGCGCUAAUGUUUGCCCAGAACCACAAGGACUCUGUGAUCUGUACUACCGAAGAUUGGCUCCAGAACAUCUAUGAGGAGAGCAGCAUUGGCGUAGCAUUGAAUACCUUAAAGCUUUGGAGCUUGGAUCUGGAGCAUCCGCUUAAGGAUCGGGUCAGCAAGGUGAAUUUUACCGCCGAGGGAAAGUUCGUGUACAAGGGAGCCAUUGGCAGCCUCGAGGAGGAGAUGCCCAAGAUUGUGGAGACCCUGUUUGUGUUGGAUACUCUGUUGAAUACAACCAAAUUCGACGAUAUGCAAAAAGAAUGCACCUUCAGGCACAUCUUGAAUUCAGUGCGAAGCAACACAGCCAGGGCCAUGGAAUUUAUGAAGCAGCAACAGUGCAAUGCCAAGGAGGUGAUACACUACCACCAAAAGAUUCCGCGGCUGCCCUUCUUCAUUGCCUUGGAGACCAUCAAGGUCCUGACCGUUCUGGAGUACACCUACGAGCAGCUGGUGAACAACAUGCUCAAGGGUUAACCCGGGACUCGAUUGGUUCGGAGCCGAAAGCAAGCAAUACCAAAAAGAAACUGAAAUCGCUGACCUAAUGAAAUCUCAAGGCCGAAAGGUCAC